AUGGCAGAACGAGAUAGAGAGGGCGUUUUUCGAGGAAGUUGUAUCAACCACCCGCCUCACAGAUUUGGCGGCUGUGAAAGGUUCGUUUUGGGUGAUGGAACGUCCAAGUGCAGGACAUGCAGCUGCGUUGCACGUUCCCACGUAAGUACCAGGCAUUUCAUAGGCUGAAUUCGUGUAGACCGGUACCUCAAAUAAUUAUUCGUCUGUCCUACAAGGGGCUUUAACCAGGUCUUGGAAUUUAAACUAAUUACUUGGACCGAUUCCCUCUUUCGCGCACAGUAUGUUCCGAGAUCUGAAACACUGAUUUUUUAAAUUAUGUUUUUUCUGUCAGUUUCUUUGGACACUUUUUGUGAUCUCACAUAUACACCCAGUGUGCAACUCCAUUUUUUAGUUAUGCCAUCCUGCUCAGUCUAAAAACUAAAACAAAAAACAAAAACAAAAAAACAGGUAAUCAGACCAAGUGAUCUGGCAAAAAAUUAAUGGUAGAGGUAGGGCGUCUGUAAAAUGAGUAAAUUUAAAUGCGAAGCUGUUUGGGGUCGCUCUCAAACACGCUAAGUACUUAAAAAUUUAAUCUGUUGUAAAAAUCCCUAAGUCCUACUCAUCUUUGGUUAAAAUUUUCACUCCAAUCUUCAAAACCGCAUCAUCGAAGACCUACCAUACCCCCAAAAAAUGAAAAUCACUGCGGAAAAAUUUAAACCCAAUCACAUACAAGUCUUGUAAUAAAAGUAGUUUAAGAGAGGCACGUGGAGUUUCGAAAUUUUGUCACUUUACACCGUCAAAAAUUUUCGAGACCCGACACUUGUUCCACUUGAUCAAUCGUUUCAAAUAGAUUUAGGGACGGAUAAUUGGAUAUGUUGUCAGGCGACGGGUAGGCUUAAGCCUAGUGAUUUUGUUUUAAAGGGUGUUAAAGGGUAUAUGUUACGAGGAGAUUGCUGUUUUAGGCCAAUCCUAUGCAGUGUAUUUACCCUUACACAAAAUGCUUCUGUCGACAAAUUUAUCAAACAAUUUUCAUUUGGGAACACUGGCCAGAAUAAUUUUGGGGAUGCCUUUUUUUGCAGGCAUAGGUUUAAAACUCAAGAUAGUUAGCCACUCACUCAUGCCACCUGUUGCCAUCCAUUGCAACAGAUAGCAUGGGCAGGAAAUAAUUUCAAUGCCUAUAUAAUACCGUAGAUCCCCUCAAGUACCUUUGACGGGGCACGUAAAUGUAACAGAGAAGGGGGUGCUUAUUGGCGGUGGGGGUUGGUAAUUUACUGAAGUGGAGCAUCAUACUGCGCGUUUAGUUUUCUUUUUAGGUUUCUUUUUGCUUUUUUUUAUAGAGUUGCGCCUGUUAAGCAUUUCUGGUUUAGGAGGAUUCGCUAAUUCUAGUAUAGCUGGAAUUUUAGAAAAAUUAGCUCCACUCCCCUUGGCAAGGCAAUUUCGUCACUUACAGCAAGAUGGCUUAUCAGGUCAUCACUACAAAAAAGAAAAAAAACACCCCGUGUGAAAACCGGGGGGGUUUCGACAAAGUUUUAUACCGGGAGGUUCUGCCCCGAGGUCCAAUCCCUGAUAUACCUCUUUUAGUUACCCCUUUCGUGCACCUUCUAUUGAGAAUACUCGUUGUUGACAUACCUUGAUUAGAACUUUGCAUCGACUUUAUAAAGCCAUAAAAUUCACCUGUUAGCCCUUCUGGGCCCUUUCACGGACCCAAAUGACAGAUGUCUCUUCCCUUUCUUAAAAUACUUCAACUAGUGAAAUCCCUACCUUUUCAUAUACCUGAAGCCUGAAAAAGAUACUCUUUCCGCAGAAGCCUCCCCGUAUAGGCCAUUAUAGGGAGUAUCCCCUCCCCCAGGUGUAGAAAGAACUGGCAUAGAGCGUGAACAAGUCGUUAACAUACUUAGCGCAAACAUCAUAUUCGGACUAAGUCCCAUUCCUCGCACAUGUCAUAAUUUUUUUUUCGGUUACAGUAGGUAACGUUGUCGUUGUCGAGGAAACAGAUCUUUUCUUGAUUAAUGCUCUCGAUACCGUAGCCGCUUACGAAAAUGCUAUUGUCAUACUCAGGUUGCCUUUGGUCCCUGUACCCGACACAGCUGUGGCGGGUAUGAUGAACUACCGAGUGUCUCAGGAGAAUGUUGUAAUUGUGGGUGUGUGCCAUCAAAGCAUCGAGGUGAUUAUCUUCUCUUUAAAUGUUUUCAAAACAUAGCCAAAGUCUUAAAGUGUUAACGAUGCUGACAGUUUCGAUGACUGUCAGCCAUUUUUGUUAAAACUUGGAAAUCGUUAAAAGUGUCAGAAGCCUUAAAUAGGCUUCUGAAGGUGUUAAUUAUUGCGAUAAACGCGCCAAGUCACUCGGUAGACGCCCCCGCCCCUGGUUUGGGGGUGGAGAUCACUUGUGUCCAUAUGGGAGAAAGCUGAUAGGCUCCCUCGUCCCUGUUCAUAGUAGGAGUGUUCGAUCUAAUACAUAUGCUUUCCUAAAAUUAUCUUCUACAAUUGAAUUAAGACAACUGCACAAAUGUAAUUCCACAUCUCUUGUUUUAUUUUAUUUAUAAAAGCUGGUAUUAUUAAAGAGUAUAGUUACUUUUAUAAUUAAUUUGUUGUUUUUUUUUUUUCAUAUAUAUUGGAUAAAUAGUGUAAGUGAUUAAAGGCAGCAUUGAUUAACGGCAGUAUCGUAGUGUAUCGUGUAUACUAAUCCCAUGUAUUAUAACGUUGUUCAGUGGUAGAAGUUUGUUAUUAAAAAGAAAAUACAAACUCAAAUAAAAUAGAGGGGAUGUAUGAAAGGCUGCGCGUAAAGGUAGCAAGGGACCCAUCUUUACAUGAACGCGCGACCUUUCAUACAUUGCCUCUGCUUUAUUUGCGCUCGUUAAAAAACGGAAUGUUGAGAGUUUUUGUAAGAAUGUCUCCUAUAAUGUGGUCAUUCUUCCAAAUCGGAUGCAAAUAUAGUACCAUAUAAAACAUGAUAAAAGUUACGUUAGAAUGACCACACACUUUUUCUCUCCUCGACGCUUAUUUGUUUUUUUUUUUUGUUCUGUUUGUCAUCAGCUAUCACGACGUCAAGCUCGCAGCCCCUAGAAAAACGUGGUACUGUGAAAGGUUUUACUUCCCAAAUUUAAUUUAAUUUAGGUCCAACGGUUGCGAGAAAGGCGGAUGUGGAAAAAAGGGCACGCGACAGUCCUGAAGAGGCAUUGUGGGUCAUUUUGAGACAUUUGAAAGAAUGGCACGAGAGGCAUUGAAACACCGGAAAUGAUCGAUUAAGCGCCGCAUCUUUACCGAGGAUAAUCCAUUAGGCGGUGCUGGGCGCGUUGAAUUUACUCUUGAACCGAGUUUUUAUAACAGUUCGAGGUUUACUUAUAGUAUAAUAAAUUAUGCAUUCCUAGUACUCGCUUCAUUUAUUUCUCUCUCAGUGUUUUACCCGUUGUUGAAAUAGCACCGCUGUCGUUUAAGGUAAAAUGAAGUAAGCGCCUGUUUGCGAAUGCUAAAGGAAUGCAGCAAUAGAACAUUCAACGGGUAACAGUGUCAGGAACAGCGUUUUGAUUAUAUCCCAUGAAACCUUUUUAAUUGUCGCUGGCACAUUUUCUCAGCGUUUGUCGAAGUAGUUGUAUAUACCUCACUUUACCCGUUGUAGCGUAUGCAGAGAAAUUUAUUAUGCACUGAUUUCUAUAUGUAUUUUUGAUUGUCGUAGCUGCCACUGGAACCCAGCUAUCGUCGUCUACUUCAACUCCCUCCACAACUUUCACAUUCGAAGGUAAUUCUAAUGUAAAUUGUUACUCCCAAUGUAAUACAGUUCAUUCAUUAUUGGAGAGGAUAGUAUAUUUCAGUAUAUUGCUUUGCUAUAGGAAUGAACCUAACAGGUGUCAAUAAAACAUAGUUAGCGGUCCAUGUUCUCCACACAGAUCAAUCAGAAAGGACCGACGAGGAAGGAAGAAGAUGGAAGCACAUUCAGCAAUUGGCAAAAGCAAAGAGAAACGAGCAGCUUGAUGCGAAUCCACCAAAGCGACAAUGUCGCAAGCCGGGUGGUGGUCGUGGCGGACCAAGGCCAAAUUCCGGACGGAAAAAAAGCAUCCCUAAAGUGAGUUAUUGGGUUUGAAAAAGUUUAUCAACUUUCCCGUUAAUGAUGGUAGCGAGUGGAGUGGUCUAAUUGGCGACAAUGAAAAGACCAUGUGUGUGUUGUGUAGUGCGUUCCAUUUUUCAAAUUAUAUGUGGUUAGGCGUCCUCACGAGCUUUCAUCAGUUCAUGCUGCUGAAACAGAUAAGCAGGCCUGGACCUAUUUAUCCUUUCUUCCCUGCCGUUUUCGCCAAAUUUGAGGUAGGAUUGAGAUGUUCAUUUUGCCUCUGACAUGCUUUCAACCAAGGUUUGGCGUACUGUAAUAUAACCAUUUUUAUUUUGAGGCGUCGAGAGUAAAAUUCUACACAAGUCUCUUUAAAAUGCUAAUUGGGGAAAUUAAAAUUUACCUUUACAGGAAAUAACAGCGACCCCUGUAAAACUUGUAUCCCGUCGUUUGGGCAAGUACCAGGCGAAUGGACCUAAAGAAUUUGUGAGUAGUCGAAAAAUGUUAACCGGAUAUUAUUAUUGUUCGCUUUAUGGGCAUAAGGAAGCAUUUACUUGGAACAUUGUACAAAAGAUCCACACCGCGUAUAGUCAUCUCUAAUCAUUCAGCGUUUAAUUAUUAUACUAUACACUACUGGGUACAUAAUAAUUUCGUCAACCUUGUCAAAAGGAGACCAGUCUCCAAGCCGAGGUGCCCCUGAUAAAAUCAGGGUGGGCGGCUAAUCGGCAGUCGCUCCCGAUACCUCGACAAUCUGCGGCUUUGUACCACAGGAACACCAAGAUUAGGAUGUGUUCUGACGAACGCGAAUAAAAAACAUAUAGUCUCGAGUGCAUCUAUCGUGCACACACAAACAAAGUGAUAACGAUAGACAAGAUGACCGACUAACACAAUAGGUGCAUGGUAUGGACUGACUUGCGUUGUAAACCACUCUUGUGCCGUGUGAUAGCUUUUAAACAUAUAAAGGUAUUGAUCCGCACUUUGCAGGUAUCUUUGAGCGGUGUGGAAACUGGCACAUCUGAAGGGCUGACUCUCCAGACCCUGGAGAAUGUCAUGCUUGGGCACUUCUUGGGGCUUACAAGAGAGCAGGCUGUGGAUCGCUACCAGUUUUACAUCCUCAAGACGCUUCGGGGACCAAAACUGACUAUGGAUAGUCAUAUCACGGGGAAACAGUUCUAUUUCUACUGGAGAGCUGGAGUGGAAAUGGUAAAAAGGCGGUUGGCUUGCUAUAUUUUCAUUUUAUUCAAGUACUUUUCUAGGGAAAUCGAUCGAGAAAAGUGCGAGUUAUCCGUAGUUGAAAGCAAGUGACCGAAAAUAAGGAAAUAGAUAAAUGGGAUGGGGCUGGAAAUGCAAGUAUCAUGCACACUUCACUUCAAGAGCAAUGACAACAACAACAAAACUUUAUUAAUAAACAAAUAAAAUUACAGAAGUAUUGCCGGUAGCUAGUAAGGCUUUUGGAGGCUGGAAAAGGAAAGUUUACAGUUUACAAAUAAAGAAAAUAAAAAUCGUAAUAUGAAGGAGGACUAGAUAGCAGACUAAAAAAACAAAAAAGAAUUGAACUACUUAGUGGUAAAAGUAGAAACUAAUAGGCAAGAAUUUAUUUUUCGACCUUUUUGGCUACUUUACCUUUUUAACUAAGGUGGGCGUAUCAAUAUAACCAGUUUGGUACCGCGCUUGCCACAUGUCGUCAGUGACUGGAAUUUCUUCAGUUCAUUCUUUAAAUCUUGGAUUUCUUUUCGUAACGCUUGCUUUUCUUUCUUUAGUUUCUCAGUUCCGGUGAUAGUUGAGAAAAAGUUAAAAUGUUUAGAAGAAAUUUAAUAAGAAACCGGAGUGAUCGAGAAAAGGUCCUACAUUGAGUAGGUUUCCUGUACCAGUCUCCCAGAGCAGCAACAGAUAUAUUGAUGUUACCGACAAAGGAAUAAAGCAACAACGCUUUUUCAAUAUAAACUGGUAAUCUCGACUGUGUUGUUGACUAGCUAGGAUUCGAUUAAUAAUAGUAAAAGUUUUUUGGCAAAACUAGGACAUCUUUAUGACAAUGUGCCGAGACACUAGACUCUUAAUUCAAUUUUAACUACAAACAGUUAAUAUUAUUGGAGACAAAGCAUGUGACAAAAAGUGUCAUUUGCUUCAGGAUUCAUCUGACGAGGAGGAAGCGAUGCGCGAUAGCCUGGAUCCACUUCCAGAGCUGGAAUCGGAGCCACUAACAUCACUCUCGGCCUCAAAUACUGCUGCUACCAACGCACCUCUGAGAAGUGUACGCAGUCCAGCGCCGUCCGUAGUGCUGAGCAAGAAAGCGACAGAUCAGAGGCGCAGAGGUCAAUUGAGAGGUUUAGCCCUGGCAGUGCCAUCCUCGUUACCAGUCAGGCCAUCCGCUGUGAUCAACUUGGGAAAGUCGAUCGCACUACCGCCAGUCAGGCAAACUGGUAGGAAAAGCAAAAUUGUCGUAUUUGGAAAUGAUACUUAACAACCAGAAACGUGGGGAAACAAAGAAAAGGCUUAGAAUACAGGCCUCACUUAAUUGCCUUGUCCUAUUUCUUAAAUAAUAUAAUUAAUAAUGAUGAUAUAUCGCUUAUGCCUUUUUUUUUUUUGCAAUUUUCUCAACUUUUCGUUAAUACUUCUUUUUUCAAGGGUCUUCCUUUGCCCGGAAUGAUUGAACGGUGCCCUCCAGGUCUGGCAACAAUUCCCACCCUAAGUGGAAAUUGUUAACGCGCGUCAAGAUGCUGUUGUCGAAGGAUCAGUCUCUAAUUUGAUUCUUUUCUCCUGCACGUUGUAGAAUUACCAGUGGCAAUUACAUCGUUCACGAUCGCCAGUGAUUGGGGCUCCAUAGAGACCGAAGGACCACUUCACUGCGUUCUAGACGUACAAGGAUUUCCAGCCCAGCCGUUUGGAUCUGGAACUUUUCAGAACGCCUUUAAGGCUACCUGCAUCGUACCUAAUAAAUUUUUAGAUUUGUCAGGAAGAUACGUGUUGAAACAACAAAAACUGGAAGGUCCUUUGACCACUGAAGCGGUCGAAGAUUUAUCAUCUGAGGACAUGGACCUAAUGGACGAGGAGAGCAGUAGGAAAUCUGCCAAGGUACUAUAGCCUGACAUGCUAUCUUUCAAUGAAUAGGUAUAUUACACGGACGACGACGUCCACUGAAAGAAUACUUUAAAGUCCAGUCCGGAACAUGGUUUGAUCAGUGAUUGAGUUUGGAACAUGUUUAAAAUCAUCGCCGCCUUUUUAAUGAGAAGGCUUACAGUUUGGCACUCAGUUAACGUUCUAUUCUAUCUUUGUCAUGUUCAAUCCCCAGGCCUGUCAGAUUUCAGCUGUUGCUAAUGCCCUUUGCCAACACUACAAUUUGAAGUGCAGGCAGAUACCUGAUUACGGCGAAGAAAUAAGGUAACGAGCAAAUGUCUUUGUCAGGGGUUCAGACAGCUUCGGUAUAGGUUUGCAGAAAUGAAAUCUGUACAUAGAAAAGAUGCUUAGACGCAGUAGGGAUCAGAGAAGCCAGUGCUAGAAAGCCCGAUAAGGAAUCGUGAAGGUGGUGGCGGGGCCUCUUCCCGAAGAGGCAUUUCAGAGAUAUUAAAUCUUCAAAUAAUCGUGCCUUUUUUGAGAGUCCGGUUACAGCAGUAUGUACCUCCGAUGGCCAUACAUCUGGCAUGGCUUAUGCCUAUUGUUUGGCUCGGACCCUUCAUUCAGUUUUUGUGAGUGUUGUGAAUUGUUUCUCUCUUUUUUAGGAAGAACCAUCAUUAUUAUGGCGAGAUGAAUUAAAAUUUGUUCCAGUUUGUUUAUAAUUUUGCAAAUACGCAAUUUUAGGCUGUGUGUUGUGAAUACCCCUUUCAUAUUGUAUUAGGGUGUUACCAUCACUAUUUGUAAAGAUGACCGGACAGUUUCCUUCUUGUGGGAUUAUGGAACACGAAAUAGAGGGAACUUGGCAAAAAUUCCUAAACAAUGACGGACUGGACAUGGGCGGCGAGGAGAACCAGUUCAAACUGAAGGCACUGGCGUUCGCACACUGGACUUUUUUUGUGACGUACAGGGUAAGUUGAAAAUUUCCCCACUUUCAAGAGAACCAGUUCCAACACAGCAACUGAUUCGCUUCUAAACAAUCGACAGGGGCCAAUUAAAGGAGACAGCUUCAAGCAGUUAAUCGAGUUUAGUAUAGUAUUUCACGAGGAGUAAUCCAGAAGUACCAAUUAAAUUAGCCAAUGCUUGCCAUUUCGACCAUUUAGUCAACAUAAACUUGUGCUUGUUAGGAUAUCUCCCUUACCAUGUAAACACUUUUAAAACCUCUUUAGGAGCCGACUACACUUUGUCCGAUCUGGAGAUCGCUUCUACAGAUGGGAGGUUCGUAUGACUCAUAAAAUGAGACAGUAAUACCUUUAGUUACAGUAUUAGAGAGACUUCACUGAAAAAUUGCAAAAUGCUUCACCCCAAUGAAAUUAAGGGAAUACAAUAAUAUAUUAUUAAUUAACGUUCUACUGGCGGAGUAUUACAGAAAAGAGAAAAGUUCACAAUUAAGAAGAGAUACCCAAAAGCUAUCUGUUUAACUAUUUAUGUGCCUUUUACUGACGAGACCUGAAAAUUUUUAUUAGGCUGUGAAACUAGUAGAUGUCUAAGGUACACAGAGUUUAGAUGUUGUCGCUUUUUGUUGUUGUAAGCUCUUAUUACAAUAUCAUAUUGACGACUAUGGCUGUUACCCAUACAUACAUAUACAUGUGAAAAUGUCAAGGUCAGUGAUUUUUAAUAUCAGUUUACUGCAAAUAUAUUUCGUUGUAGGUUAUUCGGGAUUGGCAAUCUUUCCUGUACUGCGCUUGAGGGAUUCAAGUCAAGCCACCAAUGUAAUGUGUAUUGCAUUGCAUUGGAGUUGUCUGGUGAGUAUAUGCAUGCUUCUUUUUACACUGGAUCGAAUCUUCCCAUUGUUUAUUCUUAGGAGACGAACGGCCCAUGAAAUGCUCUCAGAACUUAGACAAGUUAAAUAACUUACAUCUUUAAGAUUUUUUAAUUGUUUUCCAUAAUGAGGGGAAAAAAAACAAAUAAAAAAACUAUCAACUAGUCUUUCGAACUCCUUUCCCUUGACAGCUUUUGAUAGAUCAAGUAGAAAGGAAGAGAGCAAUGGCAGUCAGGAGCGGCCUUUAGAUCCGACAAGCCCCGAGGUAGGUGAGGAACUGAAACUAUUGACUUACAAAUUUCAGUCAAAUGUCAUAACUAAAUAGAAAUAACGUCCGAACAACGACCCUGAUCAAUCUAUUUCUUGGCGGUAGCCGGCGCAUAUGAAAGGGAGAGGGGAAGUACCACUAAACAUACUAGUUCCAAAAAAAGAGCGGGUACUUUUCACGCCCAAAACCUUUGAACACACCCUCGUUCGUUGUCGGCCUCGCAUGCUGACGGAAAGACUUGACCAAAACCGAAGCCGCGCUUGAAAAGUCUAUUACAACCCGGCGGGCUUACAACUAGGGUAAUUUGAACUUGAAAGACAAGGAGAUGUCAUAUGUAAUGUUGUUUUUUCGAAAUAAAUGUUGUUUGUCACUAGAAUGAAAGUACAUGUGUAAUUUCAUAUUUUGUUUCUUUAUCUGUUAGGUUGUAACAUUUCACCCGCGGCACGCAAUAAAUACACAAAAUAAUGAAUAAAUGGAUUUUACAGGUGAGAACGUGUAUACUCCGGCGCUGAUCGUAUUACGAACGGGAUUUACUAGCUUCCGACAACUAUUUUCAACCACCACACUUCAAUAAUUAACAUAAAUAACUAAACUUGAUAUCAGGCACUUGCUUCAGAUUCCGCAUACCCCAAUUGCGAAGCGGGCCUCAAUCUGUGAAGAAAUUAAUUUAUCCCGGACCUCAAUCCACUAUAUUGUGUUAAAAUUCGUUCUCGUUCCCAGUCACCUCUGUUCCUUUAGCUGGCGAAGCAGGGGCAACUCCGGCGAGCAAAGUAAAGAGUCUCGGGACACACUAGAUUCGUGGCCUUACGUUGUAGGACUAAGGUGUCGGCAUAUCCAUCCAUGAGCACUUUCAAAGCACUGGCCUUGCCAGCAAGUAACCUUGUUAUCUAAUUGUCUUUUGAAAGCUUCAUGACAUGACCUAUAUUUUAAUUGCAAUUGGAAAAUUGCUAGAAAGCAAGAAAACAAGAAUCCACUGGGGAGGAAAAUGGAUGAAAAGCAAAAUGCAGUGAAAUGUUUAAUAGAUCAUUUAUACGAAACAAAUUAUGACUGCUGUUUUCUUUUAUUCUUAGGUGUUUUGGCUAAGUUCAGGCGAAGAGGACGGCCUUCCUUCCCUUACGACAUUAAUGGCAUCGGCAAAGAAACGGGAAAGUCAAACUACCGGCAUACAGCAGCAUCUUCCAAACAACAAGUUGGACUGUGGGAUUUGUUUAAGCAAUAA